CCUCCCGAAGCGCGGCCGGGGCGGGAGGAGGAGGAAGGGGAAGGGGCCGGGAGCGCUCCAGCGCGCCGGGCAGCCCCGCCGUCGCCGUCGCUGCGGCAGCGGGCGGAGCGGGAGGCGGCGCCAGCAGCCGGCGGGGCCCAGAGUCACCGUGUCACGGCGCCCGGGAAGCCGUUGCUGCCGGAUCCGCCCCCCGCAGGGCGAGCGAGGGAGGAGGAGGAGGAGGCCGGCUCCUCGCCGCCUCUUGUAUUUUUGCCCCUUUCUCGGCCCUGCUCCCGGCCCCUCUCUUCUCGCACCGGGGCUCCGUGCGUGCGGCGGCGGCGGGGGGCCAGGCCGCAGCGGCGCCCGAGCAGCCCGCGGGAGCCCCGGGACGGGCCUGGGCCGCCGCCUCUGGACUAGGAUGUCCCGACAUGAAGGUGUCAGCUGUGAUGCAUGUUUAAAAGGAAAUUUUCGAGGUCGCCGAUACAAGUGUUUAAUUUGCUACGAUUACGAUCUGUGUGCAACUUGUUAUGAAAGUGGUGCAACGACGACAAGGCAUACAACUGACCAUCCAAUGCAGUGCAUACUAACAAGGGUAGAUUUUGAUUUGUACUAUGGUGGAGAAGCUUUCUCUGUAGAACAGCCACAGUCUUUUACUUGUCCUUAUUGUGGGAAAAUGGGUUAUACGGAAACAUCUCUUCAAGAACAUGUUACUUCUGAGCAUGCGGAAACAUCAACAGAAGUGAUUUGUCCAAUAUGCGCAGCAUUACCUGGAGGGGAUCCGAAUCAUGUCACAGAUGACUUUGCAGCUCAUCUUACACUGGAACACAGAGCUCUUCUUGGUUAUGAUGAAUCCAGUGGUGUUCGGCAUGUACGUAGGAUGUUCCACCCAGGCCGGGGUUUGGGAGGCCCCCGUGCACGUAGAUCAAACAUGCACUUUACUACCAGUUCCCCUGGUGGGCUUUCAUCUUCUCAGAGUUCGUAUUCUCCAAGCAAUAGAGAAGCCAUGGAUCCUAUAGCUGAGCUUUUAUCUCAGCUAUCAGGCGUGCGGCGUUCUGCAGGAGGACAGCUCAACUCCUCUGGCCCUUCUGCUUCUCAGUUACAGCAGCUGCAGAUGCAACUGCAGUUGGAACGACAACAUGCACAGGCAGCAAGACAACAACUGGAGACUGCACGCAAUGCAACUAGACGCACCAACACGAUCAAUGUCAACACCACUAUGACACAAUCUACAACAACAACCAACACAUCUAACACAGAAAACAGUCAGCAGACUAUCCAGAAUUCCCAGUUUCUUCUUACAAGGUUGAAUGAUCCGAAGAUGUCAGAAGCAGAGCGCCAGUCUAUGGAGAGCGAACGGGCAGACUGCAGCCUGUUUGUUCAGGAGCUUCUACUGUCCACUUUGAUGCGGGAAGAAAGUUCCUCCUCAGAUGAGGAUGAGCGGGGGGAGAUUGCAGAUUUUGGUGCUAUGGGCUGUGUAGAUAUUAUGCCUCUAGAUGUUGCUUUAGAAAACCUAAAUUUAAAAGAGAGUAAUAAAGGAAACGAGCCUCCUCCACCUCCUCUUUGAUGACAUCCCCCUUUGCAGACAAUGUCCUCUGUGCUGUAUUUGCCAAUGAAAGUGGACAACAACUAUCUUGGGUUUGUUUUGGUGAUUGUAAUUUCAGGUCUGUCACUCUUGUUACAUUGUGUACAUUCAAAAGAAAGAGAGAAAAGAUAUAUAUGAUAAUCAUUUCCACUUAACUAAUUUUUACUUCUAGCAGGUAAAUGUAGGUUGCAGUGCAGAGCAAAAAGCUCUGUGUCCUGUACCUUGACAUGCAAAAGGCUCUCCUAAUACUCCACAUUCAAACUGAAGACGAAAAAAAUGAAAAAUCUCUAAUGAAGCUGCUGUGUGUAUUUAUGAAUAUUAAUGAAUAAAAACUGCUUGGAUGGUUUACCUUAACUACUGCAUGAUGUUUUUUGCAGCGUGCAUGAGUUUUAGUGACCUUGUCAUUUAAAAAUUUAAAUACAAGGAGUAAAACUAUAAAACCCAAAGCUUUCCCAUUAUUCAAAGGUUACGUGACAAAAA